CAAUUCCUCCUGCCAGCAUUGCUUUCAGCUAACCAGGCCAUGUAUUAAGAACCAGCCUGCUGGACAACCACCAGUCCCACGACUCUAUGGCACUGGGUUCAGUCAGUCACGUGCCUGGAGGAAGGGGCGGGGCCACCAAAGCCAAGGCAGAGGAGCGGUGCCACUCUGAAAGGGAUCCCCCCGGAAACAGCCACCAUUUCCAUUGGUUCCGGAUAAAGGAAUUUCCCCCUUCAAAUUAGGGAGAGCAAAGCGAGGAGGAGGAGGAAGAGUCCUGAUGAAGGGACACUUCACCCUGAAAGAGAAGAGGCAGACAUUCCUUUGACAGUUUGCUGGGUCACUGGUCAAAGAUGGAGGAGUCAGUCAUGCCUUGGCCUAAAGCAGGAAGAGGCAAUGCGGUGAGUAGUGGGGAAUUCUGUUAAGAAGCAGUCCACACAUUGCUGGAUGAGGGUCUUCCCAACUCAAACACACAAUGCCAGCACUUCAGGCAGUUCUCUUUUUAUGAAAUAAUCAAAAGGCUUGUGCCUGAGUCAACUCUCUGCCAUCUGUGGCUGAAGCCAGAGCAACAUGCAAGGCUGAGAUGCUGGACCUGGUGAUCCUGGAACUGUCUCUGAGCAUCCUGCCCCCAGAGAUGGUUAUUGGAUCCAGGAAUGUCAGGCAGAGAUCUAUUCUCAAACGGCAAUCCUAGCAGAAACAACUUGACUAUAUAUUUAUUUUAUUAAUUAAUUAUUAUUAUUAUUAUUUACAGUAUUUAUAUUCCGCCCUUCUCACCCUGAAAAGGACUCGGAAAAUCACAAUGCACAUAUAAUGGCAAACGUUCAAUGCCAUUGGACAAACACAUAUAUAGACAACGACAUAUAAACAGAGACAGAGAGGCAAUUUAACAAUCCAGCUUUUGGCUUCAUGAGGAUAUGCUUGAUUCUGGCCACAGGGGGAGCUGCUGCUUCAUCAUCCACUGCGACACCGAGUCCUUUGAUGGAAACUUCCUCCUCUUCCGCAUACUGCUGGACAUUUUAUGGUGAGAAAUUUCUUGGUAGCAGAUCCCUCUGAAUUCCCUGAGACAGGAAAGGCUUCCUUGGACCCCAGGCAGAUUCCCCAGUGGAGGGCCAUCAAACAGGAGGAGGAUGGAUGGGAUCACUUGCAAGAACCUGGAGUUAGGCCCCAGUUGUCUCUUCCUUUUCUUUGUGAUGGAGCAGAACCAGAUCAGAGUCCGUUGACCUUUGAUGAAGUUGCUGUGUCAUUUUCCCCGGAAGAGUGGUCCUUGUUGGAUCCUAACCAGAAAGCCCUGCACAAGCAAAUCACGGCAGAAAUCCAUGAGAUCAUGACCUUUCUAGCAGAAGACUGGCAGAAAACAUAUGUCUGCGCUCAGUAUGGAAAAUGUUCCAGGCAUAAUCUGGAACUUAGUAGCCAUCCGCAAGUCCAAGGUACAGAAAAGGAACGUUAUAUCAGAGAAGAUUCCUCUCUGAUAUGUCAUCUGCAAGAUCCAGCACUUGUGCCUCAGGAGAAGGUCCAUACUGAAAAGAAACAUUUUACGUAUGGAGUAUCUCUUAAUGGUUUUGAUUAUACAUUCUACAAUGUGAACCAACCAGAAACCCGCACAGCAAAGAAACCACACAAAUGCCAGGAGUGUGGCAAAUGUUUUACUUACAAUUCUCUACUUAUGACACAUCUGAAAGUGCACACAGGAGAAAAACCCUACAAAUGCCAGGAGUGUGGGAAAUGUUUUCCUCAGAGUUCUUCUCUUCUAAGCCAUCAGAGAGUCCACACAGGAGAGAAACCUCACAAAUGCCGGGAAUGUGGCAGAUGUUUUGGUUGCAAGUCACAUCUUAAGAGGCAUCAGAGAAUCCACACAGGCGAAAAACCCUACAAAUGUCAACAGUGUGGGAAAUGUUUUCCUCAGAGUUCUUCACUUCUAGGCCAUCAAAGAAUCCACACUGGAGAGAAACCAUACCAAUGCCAGGAAUGUGGCAAAUUUUUUGGUUGUAGGUCGCAUCUUAAGAGACAUCAGAGAAUCCACACAGGUGAAAAACCCUACAAAUGUCAGGAGUGUGGAAAAUGUUUUCUUUUAAAAGCAGACCUUGUGAAGCACCAUCGAGUCCACACAGGAGAGAAACGACACAAAUGCCAGGAGUGUGGAAAACGUUUUAGUGGGAAUUCAGCUCUUUUAAUCCACCAAAGAGUCCACACAGGAGAGAAACCUUACAAAUGCCAGGAGUGUGAAAAAUGCUUUGCUCGGAAGGCAUGGCUUGUGAUUCAUCAGAGGGUGCACACAGGAGAGAAGCCGUACAAGUGCCAGAAAUGUGAAAAAUGUUUUCCUCAACGUUCUUCUCUUCUAGGCCAUCAAAGAGUCCACACAGGAGAGAAACCAUACAAUUGCCAGGAGUGUGGGAAAAGUUUUGGUUUCAAGUUGCAUCUUGUGAGGCAUCAGAGAACUCACACAGGCGAAAAGCCCUAUGAAUGUCAGGAGUGUGGCAAAUGUUUUCUUGUAAAAGCAGACCUUGAAAAACACCAUCGGGUCCACACAGGAGAGAGACGACACAAAUGCCAGGAGUGUGGCAAAUGUUUCACUGAGACUUCAGGCCUAUUGAUCCACCAAAGAGUUCACACAGGAGAAAAACCAUACACAUGCCUGGAAUGUGGAAAAUGUUUUUCUCGGGAUUCAAACCUUAUAAGCCAUCGAAGAACCCACACUGGAGAGAAACCAUAUCAAUGCCAGGAGUGCAAGAAAUGUUUUUCUUGGAAUUCAGUCCUUGUGAGGCAUCAGAAAAUCCACACAGGGGAGAAACUAUACACGUGUCAACAGUGUGGUAAAUGCUUUUAUCAGAAUUCACAACUAGUGCGGCAUCAGAGCAACCACACAGGAAACAGACCAUACAAAUGUGAGAUGUGUGAAAAAUGUUUUGGUCAAAAGGUCGACCUUGUGAAGCACCAGAGGAUACAUACAGGAGAGAAAACAUAUAAAUGCCAGGAUUGUGGGAAAUGUUUUGCUUGGAAUACACACCUUUUACGCCACCAGAGAAUUCACACAGGAGAGAAAGCAUAUCAGUGCUAUGAAUGUGGGAAAUGUUUUGUUCAAAAAAGAAGCCUUAUGAACCACCAGAAAACCCACAUAAAGGAACCAUAUACAUUUGGGAGUGUGGCAAAUGUUUUGUCUCCAUUUUGCACCUUGUGAACCACAAGGGGAAACUAGGAAUGUCAGGAGUGCAGAAAAGCAUAUCUUAUGAAGCACCAGAGAAUACAUCUGUUGAUUCAAAUUCUGUUCUCUGAAGCACAGAAAAAUACAAUGGGUUAUUGUGAGUCUUCUGGGCUGUCUGGCCAUGUUCUAGACACAUUCUCUCUUGAUGUUUUGCCCACAUCUGUGACAGGUAUCCUCAGGUUGAGACCCCUCAACCUCUGAGGAUGCCUGCCAUAGAUGUAGGCGAAACAUCAGGAGAGAAUGCUUCUAGAACAUGGCCAUACAGCCCAGAAGAUUCACAACAACCCAGUGAUUCUGGACAUGAAAGCCUUCAACGCAGAAAUCCAAUCACCCAAUCUCUGCAUGAUAGUACUUCAGGUUUUUCAAGAUGGUUAUUCAAUCACCUUUCAGCCUUCUCUAAUCUAGACAUUCCCAGUCUCUACAAUUGUUCCUCCUUGGGCAUGAUUUAUAGCAGUGGUUCUCAACCUGGGGUGCCCAGAUGUUUUUGGCCGUUAACUUCCAGAAAUCCUAACAGCUGGUAAACUGGCUGGGAUUUCUGGGAGUUGUAGGUCAAAACAUUUAGAGACCCCAGGUUGAGAAACACUACUUUAUAGAUCCUUAAUCUUGCUCCCUUCAGCACAUGUCCCAGCUUGUUAAAACUGCAAUGCCUAUUUUUCCGGGGUUACUAGCCAUUCCUCCCACUUUGGUGUUAUCUACAGCUUUGAUGAUCUAGAACAGAAUCCUUUAGUUAGUACUUAGCACAUCUUUUUACCAACCAAAUAAAAUAAUCAUGUUGAGCCCACAUUUUACCAGUUUGUCUGAAAUGGUAUUGUGUGGAAACCUGUUAACAAUAUUACUGAAACCAAGAUACACUACAUCUACAAGAUUUUGUAUGUUUUUGAUGCUUGUAGCUCUCUCAAAAUUAGGAGAAAGAAAAAACACAACUUUUCAUUGAGAUACCCAUGUUGGCUAACUUUUAAAAGCUCUCGUUGUCUGACUGUUUGAAUAAUCUGUUCUGAUAUGACCUGAUAUAGACAUGAAAUUGGCAGGUCUGCUCCCUACUCUGCCUCUUGAAGACUGGGAUAAAUUAUCAAGUUAAACAUGAGCCAACAAUGUGAUGCAGCUGCUAAAAAAGCCAAUGGGAUUCUGGCCUGCAUCAAUAGGGGAAUAGCGUCUAGAUCCAGGGAAGUUAUGUUCCCCCUCUAUUCUGCCUUGGUCAGACCACACCUGGAAUACUGUGUCCAAUUUUGGGCACCACAGUUGAAGGGAGAUGUUGACAAGCUGGAAAGCGUCCAGAGGAGGGCGACUAAAAUGAUUAAGGGUCUGCAGAACAAGCCCUAUGAGGAGCGGCUUAAAGAGCUGGGCAUGUUUAGCCUGCAGAAGAGAAGGCUGAGAGGAGACAUGAUAGCUAUGUACAAAUACGUGAAGGGAAGUCAUAGGAAGGAGGGAGCAAGCUUGUUUUCUGCUGCCCUGCAGACUAGGACACGGAACAAUGGCUUCAAACUACAGGAAAGGAGAUUCCACCUGAACUUCAGGAAGAACUUCCUCACUGUGAGAGCUGUUCGACAGUGGAACUCUCUCCCCGGGGCCGUGGUGAAGGCUCCUUCUUUGGAGGCUUUUAAGCAGAGGCUGGAUGGCCAUCUGUCGGGGGUGCUUUGAAUGCGAUUUCCUGCUUCUUAGCAGGGGGUUGGACUAGAUGGCCCAUGUGGUCUCUUCCAACUCUACUAUUCUAUGAUUCUAUGAUCUGUCAUCCAGUGUGGACAGAUCUCAUCUGUUCCCCAGCACUACCAAAAAUAGCAAAGCAGUCUCUGAGUUCGCCUCUGGAAGAUCUUUUAUUACCUUUAAAUGCAGUUCUUCUGACCCUUGGGAUGAAUCAUGUACUGUGUUUUGAUCAAGUUCAGUACUACAGUAGAGUCUCACUUAUCCAAGCUAAACGGGCCGGCAGAAGCUUGGAUAAGCGAAUAUCUUGGAUAAUAAGGAGGGAUUAAGGAAAAGCCUAUUAAACAUCAAAUUAGGUUAUGAUUUUACAAAUUAAGCACCAAAACAUCAUGUUAUACAACAAAUUUGACAGAAAAAGUAGUUCAAUAUGCAGUAAUGUUAUGUUGUAAUUACUGUAUUUACGAAUUUAGCACCAAAAUAUCAUGAUAUAUUGAAAACAUUGACUACAAAAAUGGCUUGGAUUAUCCAGAAGCUUGGAUAAGCGAGGCUUGGAUUAGUGAGACUCUACUGUAUUUCCUUUUGGGAGAAGUCAGAAACAAAACAGAACUCGUAGGCUUUGGCCUCUCUAUCUCUUUUUGUUCUGACUUGAUUUUAUAUACCUAAAUAUAUAUGCAAAUCAUUUAUUUUAACAUAUAUGUUUCUUGGAUGAUAUGAUUGGUGUUGCUACUCUCCCUCCUUAGCUGUCACUGUGUAUUCAUUAUUAAAAACCAUGAUUUUAUGGCAGUGAAAGAUGUAGACCUAUAGCUGGGCUUUCUAGAGUGUGCCAUCAGGAAUAUUUCACUCUUGAUUUAAUGAGAAGUUAGAUAGUCUCUUUCAGAUACACCUCAACUGUACUAAUAUCUCAGGAAACACAAUCCAUAGCAUAUAUUUUUCUACAAUGACUGUAUAACCCAUUCUGUCCCUGUAAGAAUUUAGACGUAAGGGAUGUUCUGGAAUAGCCUGUCGAAUUGCCAUCUCAUUGGAAGCUGAGAGCUAUACUUAAUCUUGACCAUGUAAAUAAUUUAUUUAAGAAAAACUAGUAGAUUAUUGCUUUUUUGGUCCCUGCUAAGCAGGUGCAUUUUCUUCCUAGAAGUCCAAUUACGCUGCUGAAAAUACCUGGGUCUACUUAGAAUUUGACACCUUGCUCCUACUGCCCUGGUUAGCAAACAUGGCAUCAAAUGAGCAAAUGCGGAUGUCAAGGAACGAGCAUAGCUGGUGCAUCAGACUGGAAUCUGCAAAGUACUCCUGGACAUUAGUGGAAGCUGGGCAUCCAGGUUUAAAUCAGAGUCCAGGAAUACUUUGUGCUUUUCCUGCAUGGCAGGGGCUUGGACUAGAUGGCCCACAUGGUCUCUUCCAACUCUAUGAUUCUAUGAUUAUUAUAUUCAAGCUUUAUACCCAAGAUUUCAUAAGGGAGUGUAAUCCCAUCCAGCACAGGCUGAAUCCUUAUUUCCCAAUCUCACUUCCAACUGGCCAGGAACACCUCUGUUUGCUCUGACUUCAAGGACUUUUGAUGUAGUAUGGCUGGAAAGUCACGCUAUUUGCUAUGUUUGUUUUCACCACAGUCUGUCCUUUCCCUUUUUCUGAUCAUUUGCUGAAAUGUAUGAAUAAAUAUUGGUUGCAAGCCUA